AACCGGGGGGAGGGGGUGGCCCGUCUCCCAGGCUGGGCGUGGGCCGGGCCAGGUCCCCAGCCCACCGGGCCGUGCCAACAAUGGCCUGUUGUAGAAGGAGGCGGGAAGGAAUGCGGCCUGGGGAGUUGGGCGGCGGCGGGGCGGGGCCCGGCCGAGCGGCUGCCUUUUACCUGGCCAGGUAGCUCUCAUUUCCCGGCAAGCGGCGGCGCCCGCAGCACCUGUUGCCCGGUGCGCGGGCGGGGAGGACGGCGGGGGACAUGGCCUGGUAGAGUCCCCUGGGGAGACCGUGCUGAGUUCAGUCCGGGGCAGGGCAGGGCGAGGGAGGGAAGGUCCUUCCCUGGCGCCCGCGCGGGCUGCGGCAGCAUGAAAAAGAACCAGACGGUGCAGGGCACCUUCAGCAAACUCUUCGGGAAGAAGCACACCACGACCCCCAGCACCUCCCUCUACGCCACCAACCCGCCCUGGAUCUUCACCCAGGAGGCCCCGGAGGAGGGGACCGGGGGCUUCGAUGGCAUCUAUUAUGGAGACAAUCGGUUUAACACAGUGAGCGAGUCAGGAACAGCCACGCUGAAAGCUCGGCCAAGAGUCCGGCCCCUGCUGACCUUCCUUCCGCUGAAUGCCCAGGAAAACCAUGGGCUGGCUGUGCCCACCCCCUCGGUUCCAGAAGAUUUUGCAGACAAAGAAGUGACAGGUACCAGCUCACUAGUCAAUGGCAACCUCCGACUGUACAGCUCUGUGGGUGACCUGAGGCCUGGACAAUAUGGCCAGGAUCUACUCAUCCCCCCACCUCCCCCAGGCCCAGCCCCAGGGCCCCCUCAGGACAUUUCAGAACCUCCAGGGGGGUCGCCACUGCCAUCUCCACCUUCCACAGCACCCCCACCACCUCCUCUGCUGCUGGAACCCCCACCCCCGCCCAGCAUGGCCCCACCUCCACCCCCAGUAUUGGAGGCCCUAUCCCCACCACACACUCUUUCCUCCCCAUCCAUACCCACCCCUCCUGACUUCAUUCCCCCUGCCCCACCCUUGGCCUUUCUAGCCCCCCCACCGCCUCCUGUGCCAGCCCCAGCACCCCCAGCUCCAGCAUCUCCUCACACAGUGGGGACUCGUCUCUUUCCCCCUGGGGGUGUCACCAAGUGGAAAUCAGAUGUAGCACUGAAUGGCAGGCGGGCAGAGGCCACCAGAGCCAGCCCCCCGAGAAGCCCUGCUGAGCCAAAGGGGAGCGCCCUGGGACCUAACCCAGAGCCCCAUCUCACCUUCCCCCGUUCUUUCAAAGUGCCUCCCCCAACCCCAGUCAGGACUUCGUCCAUCCCAGUUCAGGAAGCACAAGAGGCUCCCCGAAAGGAAGAGGGGGCCACCAAGAAGGCUCCCAGCCGACUCCCACUGCCUCCCAGCUUCCACAUCCGCCCCGCCUCCCAGGUCUACCCAGACAGGGCCCCCGAGCCAGACUGCCCUGGGGAGCUCAAGGCCGCAGCACCAGCCAGCCCAAGGCUUGGCCAGUCCCAGUCCCAAGCAGAUGAACGAGCUGGGACUCCGCCUCCAGCCCCUCCCCUGCCCCCUCCUGCACCCCCCCUCCCUCCCCCAGCACCCCCACUUCCCCCAGCUGCACCUCCUUUGCCCUGUGCUCAGAAGGCAGCCCAUCCACCUGCUGGGUUUACAAAAACCCCUAAAUCCGGCUCUCCUGCUCUCAAACCCAAACCCAACCCCCCCAGCCCAGAGAACACAGCCUCUUCAGCACCUGUGGACUGGAGGGACCCCAGCCAGAUGGAAAAGCUGCGGAACGAGCUGGCAGCCUAUCUCUGUGGCUCCAGGAGAGAGGACCGAUUCCUCAGUCACAGGCCAGGCCCAACAGUGGCCCCUCAGAGCAAGGAGGGCAAGAAGGGCCCCCGCCUGCCUGAGAAGGAGACUCCCCUGAGCCUGCCAGCAAAGGACACUCCCCCAGGUGUUCCUGAGAAGAGUCUUGGCGGCAGCAGCCUGACAGAGACAGAGGCUGCCCCCAGCCUGACCCUGCCCCCUGUGGACUACAUUCCCCAAGACUCUCCAACUCCCAGUGUGCGGCAGAUCCGGAAUGAGCUGGAGGCCCGGCUCUCCUCAUCAGCACAGAAGGAGGCUAAGCCCAGCAUAGGAUCUCUGCCCCCUAAGCCUCGGCUAGAAGGGGGAAGAAUUUGUGAAAACGGGGCUGAUAAUGACAAACUCUCCAAGCCUGUGGCCAAGAAUCUGCCACCUCAAUCCACCACCCUGCUGCCAACUACAUCACUCCAGCCCAAGGCUAUGUUGGGACCAGCCAUACCACCCAAGGCCACACCUGAGCCAGCCAUACCACCCAAGGCUACACUUUGGCCAGCCACACCACCCAAGGCCACACUUGGGCCAGCCACACCACUCAAGGCCACAUCUGGGCCAGCCACACCACUCAAGGCCACAUCUGGGCCAGCCACACCACUCAAGGCCACAUCUGGCCCUGCCAUAGCAUCUACAGCCACAACUCUGCCCACCACCACAUCCCAACUGAUGGCAGAGAAGGACUCAGGCCCAGCUGGCCAUUCAGAGAAGCCAGCAUCUCAAGAAGUUUCCACUCCCUCCCAGGCAAGGGGAGAGGGGUCCCCCUCAGAGGUGACUAGGCUGCCCACACAGGGAGCCCGCUCAUCUGCAGCCCUCCCACCAAAGACAUCUCCUGGUGGAGGAGAGGUGCCAUGUCUCUACAAGCCCCACUGCCACCAGAGCAGCCUCAGCCGUGAGGUUGCUGUGGUGAUGCCCACCCUGGCCAGAGGAGGGGCUGCAGGGCCAGGGGAGCCCGUGGAGGUAAAGGAGCCCCCAGGGCUGCCAGCCAAGCCUCCUGCCUCGGCCCAGCCCACUGAUGAACUCCUCAGGCACCCGGUGACUGGGGAGGUGGUGGAGCGGGGCUCGCCGAUGGCCCUGCUCCUGGCGGCCAGGCAGAGGGCACAGAAGGGGAGGUCUGGAGGGGCUGCCCUGGGUCGGUCCUCUCUGCCAGGAAGUCUCCGUGACCACAGCCACCAAGCCGAGGCCAGCUCUGACAGCAUCUUCCACAGCCAGGGCACGCCCAACUCUUUCACUGUGGUGCCCAAGUUACCCAAGGAGGCUGAGAAGGACUCCCCGCUGACGACCGAAAUGCCCAAUAAGUGGGGGCCGCGGCUGGGAAGAGACGCAGAGGGCACAGAGCUGAGCCGCAGGCACAACUGGACAAAGCCAGAGCCCCAGGCCCCUGUGGCCUGGGAAAGAGCAGCUCCCUCCAACCUCCCCCAGGGCCACCCGCUGCCCAAGUCCUUCUCCUCCCCACCUUCUCCUUCGAACAAGAGGGAGGAGGAGGAGGAGGAGUUCAACUUCGAGGUCAUCCCACCGCCGCCAGAGUUCAGCAAUGACCCUGAGCCCCCGGCCCCGACCCUCCAGUAUCUGGGCCGCCAGAGCUCCCCUCCCCGGAACAACUACUCAGACUUGAGGCAGCUCCCGAACGCUGGCCCCGGGGCGCCCCCGGCUCUCGGCUUCUCGCGCUUUCCCGCGGGCGCGCGCUACGCCGGGGCUGGGGGCCUGGAGCGCUUCUCGGGAGGGGGCCGCUCGCUCAUAAAGAAGCGCCUGUACGUCGGGGAGCCGCACCGAGGCCCAGGGCUACCCCACGGUGGCACCGGCCGCAGCCUGAGCUCUCCCAACUGCUUCGGGCCGCAGCCCGGAGGCCCCGAGAUGCGGCGCGUGAACUCGGCGGGUCGCGCGCCCCCCGGAGGCCUGCACGCGCCGAGGCUGUCCCUGGAGGGCGUCGCCCGGGGCGCCGCGGAGGCCAAGCACAAAGCGCCCGGCAGCGCCGACUACGGCUUCGCCCCAGCUGCCGGCAGGUCUCCCCACACCACCACCCGCUAUGGAAGCCCCAUCAACACGUUCACCGUGAGGCCUGGGACCCGCCAUCCCAUCUCCUAUGCCUGCUCAGGGGCCCAUCGGAAAGCCACCUCCUGAGCCAGGGGUUCUCUUAGCUCUACUCCAACAAACUGUGUCUUUAAGGAUCUGGGCACUUGUUUCUUGUUGGGGGUGGGAGGUACACAGCAGGUGUUGGGCG